GGUGAUCCCGCUUUUAUAGUUUCACCUCAACAAGUAUCAGCUACCCAAGUUUUUUGAGACUGCGCUCGUCCUGCUCGUCUACAAAAUCGGGCUCUCCUUCGCUCCUGUUUCUACGUUUAACAUGUCGUCAAACGCGAAGAAACGCCAACGCCAAUCUGAGGACUGGGAUUAUGCUGAUCUUAGUGGGCCUGACCCAAUGUACAAGAGGACAGCGCCGGCAUGCAUUCCCGCGUCAUCUUCCACAACUUUCAGGGUCAACACCACCGCCAAGGGCCCCGAUCCCAAUUUAACUUCGUAUAGUUCUACUUUUGAUAGCAAGGCUCCUUAUAGCUAUGCAUACACCCCUCCUGCAACUUCUGUGAUGACGAUGUCAUCAGUUCCAUAUUCUUCAUACAACUACAGCUAUCCGUACUCCCAACCCACCCAUCCUCACGCGCAGCCUCAGCCUCCAUCUCAAGAGGCCCUACCACCUCCCGUCAAGAAACAAAGGAAGAAGAAGAAAGACCCUAAUGAACCUGCGCCAGAGAAACGCGGUGCAAUGUUCAAGAAAAAAUGUCCGCAGAAUAUUCUCGAUCGCGUAGACAGGGUCAUGUCCCAAAGAUUUUUCAUGGUCGACAGGAAGCGUACCGGCGACGAACUACGUGAGGAGUUCAGCGUGUUAGGCUCUACAGGGAAUGUGUAUACUGUCAUCAUCGACAAAAUGCCAUCCUGCAACUGCCCAGAUGCCAGUAAGGGCAAUCACUGCAAGCACAUAUUGUUCAUCUUUUUGAAAGUUCUCCAAGUCAGCCAAAGCUCCAGCUUGUGGUACCAGAAAGCACUUAUCACCUCCGAACUUCAAGAAAUAUUUGCGCACGCGCCUCCGGCACCCAACUCUGUCAUCAACCAACGUGUUCGCGACGCAUAUGCACGCGCAACUGGCAAGGCUACUACCCCAUCGGAAGAGUCCGAGCCUGUGAAAAAGCAUCGCGCGCCUGACCCAGAGGACGACUGCCCCAUCUGCUACGAGAGCAUGCACGGUGCAGACGGGAAUACCCUCAUCUGGUGCGAGACUUGUGGGAAUGCUGUGCAUAAGGAGUGCUUCACACAAUGGGCUAAAUCCUGUGGACACAACAUUACUUGUGUCUUCUGCCGUUCUUCAUGGAUCAACGUUAGCACAGGUGGGCAGGCCUCCGGGAAGGGAAAGACAUCAAUGCCAGAGGGAUAUAUUAACCUUGGUAGUGUUGCGGGUUUGAGUCAAGAGCGCGAUACCAGCUCCUAUUACCAUGGCUCCAGGCGUGGGUAUCGGCACUACGGUUAUCAAGAUUAUGAAAACCUGUGUUAGACAGAAGACUGGAUUUUAUCUUUCAUGAUCCGGCCCCUUGAUCCAUCAUCCUGUACUUUUUUUUUCCAAUCUGCAUCCCCUCCAUUUCAUCACAGUACAUCACCAUUUAAAUCUCUUGCAGGUCUAUAUACGAUUGCGCCUUCGAAUUGCCGCUCUAAUCGUUAGUGUACAUGUCACUGAUCAGUCCUAGUACCACUAGUAUAUUCGAAUCUUGGUUCCCGAA